GGUCUGGUGUUGAUGGGAGGACCGAAUAAAUAGCGAGCCCUGAUGCGCUUCGGGAUGAGACGAAAGCGAGCAAGAAGCCUCUAAGUGUGCUGCUUGUGCGCUCAAAGUGAACACCCAUUGUAACUUUAAAUCCAACUUGUAGGCUUCUCUUCGCUUCUUUGGCACUUUACCCUGCUAAUACUUCGCGUUUCCUAUUAUCGCCAAGGUCCGUGAAGUAGUCGCCGUCUUGUCGUCUCCGGUUUACAUAAAGAGUGGUCAACCUCACGCUCGCUCCCUCGUUUAUUUUUGUUUUGUUUACUUUAACUGUCCAACAUGAUGAUGAUCAUCGCGGAGUUCUUCGUGGUCAUCCUGAAGGUGCUCUGGGCUUUCGUAACGGCCGGGGCGAAGUGGGUGGUGCGGCCCAAGGAGAAGAGAGUGGCCGGACAGGUGUGCGUUAUCACCGGGGCUGGAAGUGGCCUCGGGCGGCUCUUCGCCAAGGAGUUCGCCCGGCGGAGAGCCAUCCUGGUGCUGUGGGACAUUAACAGCCAAAGCAACGAAGAGACGGCAGAGAUUGUGCGGCAGAUUUACCACGAAGUAGACACGCCGACCUCCAAAGAUGCGACUACUUUAGGCGGUGUUGAAGAAGUGCCCCCAUUCCAGCCCCAGGUGUACACAUACGCGUGUGACGUGGGCAAGCGCGAGAGUGUGUACUCCACAGCUGAGAAGGUGCGUCGAGAGGUGGGCGAGGUGGACAUACUCAUCAACAACGCCGGUGUAGUGUCGGGCCACCACCUCCUGGAAUGCCCCGAUGAACUGAUCGAGCGCACCAUGGUGGUCAACUGCCACGCACACUUUUGGACCACCAAGGCGUUUCUCCCCAAGAUGCUGGAGCUGAACCACGGCCACAUUGUGACGGUUGCCAGCUCCUUGGGUUUGUUCAGCACAGCUGGAGUGGAGGAUUACUGUGCCAGUAAAUUUGGCGCCAUCGGCUUCCACGAGUCGCUGAGCCACGAACUGAAGGCCUCGGAGAAGGACGGUAUCAACAUGACGCUGGUGUGUCCUUACCUGGUGGACACGGGCAUGUUCAAAGGCUGCAGAAUAAGGCAAGAGAUCGAACCCUUUCUGCCUCCCUUGAAGCCUGAAUUCUGCGUCAAGCAGGCCAUGCGCGCCAUUCUCACCGACCAGCCCAUGAUCUGCACGCCUCGCAUCGUCUACAUGGUCAACUUCAUGAAAAGCAUCCUGCCCUUCGAGGCCAUUGUGUGCAUGUACCGCUUCCUGGGUGCCGACAAGUGCAUGUACCCUUUCCUGGCGCAGCGGAAGGAGGCCAUGAACAACAACGAGGCCAAGAACGGGAUCUAGGGGGCGCCGUCCGCAACACGAACAAGUGGCGGGGCGCAUAAGCCUACGAGCACGAAGAGAUGACCACUGGGGGGGGGGGAUUGCGGCAAAGCAGAAAGACUGAAUCUAGACUGGUGCACUUGCAUUGAGCAAAUGCCAAGGUUUACCAUAUUGUUUCUCUGGGACAAAGAAAGCUGUGUACUACACAAUGGAUUUAUUUGUUUUAGUGCGUGUUUUUUUUUUUAAAUACAUAUAUACUAUAUCUAUAUACUGUCACUAGUUUUGAAGCAGUAUCCAAUAAUUAACUAUUUAGUCACCAGCCUUAUCUAGUGUCAUUGUGGAAAUAUACAAUAUGUUACUGUACAGACAGUAAAACCAACAAACUUUUCUUUCUUCACUUUUCUUUUUGUAGACCUGCACUGUAAUUGUUUUAAGCUUUCUCUACACUGCCAACUCGUGUUUAAAAGGAGACCCCCUUCUUCAAUCAGUCCAAUCAGCUCUCAAAUGGAGAAUGUAUAUGUUCAUGGUGUAGUUGUAUCUGUUACUUGGUGACCGCUGGUGGGAAAUGUAUUAAGAUUUUUUUAUUUUCUUUCUUCGCCCCUUUAAAAAGAAAAAAAGGAAAUACUGUGUUGUCAAACUGUCCCGUUGAAAAUGUGUUGUAAAUGUCUGUAGUAGCCAAGUAACACAAAUGAACAUCUCCGUAUACUGUGUGUCAUGUAUGGAGAUUUGCAAUAUGGGGAAGACACUGUUUUAAGACAUUCCCGUAGGUGUCAUUCCUUCAGUCAUGGCGACGAGCCUUGAUUCUCUACCUCUUUGUUAUUUUUGCCUUUUUUUUUUUUUAAUUUUGUUUGACAAUAUGACCUAUUUUUUUUGUUGUACGUUUCUGAAGACUGCUCCAUAGCAAAUCAAAGUGUAGUUCCGAUGUUUAAUGUCUCUACCUAACUUAAAUUAAUAAAGUGAUUUAGAUGAUUA